UAUUCGCGACUCGACCGUAUCACAUCUUUGAACAGAAACAUGAUCAUUCUUCUUUUCGAAAUUCUACAUUGAUUUUUAACGCUGGUAUUGCCAUCAGGAGAGGGCUUCCCGUAUCACUCGGAUGUGGUAAGGGUUCAGAGCGCUUGACUGUGCUCGCCACCACAAACUUUCAACAAGGGCUAUUUUACCUCCCGGUUCUAGAACAUGCAAUGGAGCCGCCCGCAGUGGUAUAUAAUGACGGACAACCUGAUAACAAACUCGAAAUUCCUGACUUGUCUUAAAUGCCUCCAUUUCAUUGGUCGAUUUCUAAUUCUCAAAGCUUUCGUCUCGAUGCUUCCGGUGUCGCUGGUUUCUUCGGUGGCAAGGAAGCUAUCACUGCCAUGAAUACCGUGCAUCUCUAUAGGGGCCGUAGAUGGCUUGGCUGGUACAACUCCCCCGGCAGCUACACUGUAGCCAAGGAGUUUGGCAAGAUAUCCAAGUCACGACUUUGGGAUGGUCUUUUUCCUGGCUCCAACCGUGAUCCAGCCGUUGCAUUCGGGCUGAAUGUGAAGACUGGCCCAAAAUACGUGGCGUCACGCUCAGGAACCGUCAUGCAGCAAACAGGGCACUUUGCACAUCUCCUUACGCAGGAGACAGAUGAUCUAGUUCUAAACUCGAAUUCUCUUCCUGCCACACGAACCACUAUGAUUUCACCCAUCUUUAUCGUCGCUGUCCCUGACAUAGUAGACGCCGAGCUUCAUGUGCAGACCAUGAGCACUCACCACAUCGUCUUCGCCAUCUUCCCUAUCCUUGUCAGCUUCAGUACAUGCAUCAUCUCUGCUUUAGUUACGGAUUGGUACUGCUUUGCGAUGAUCCUCCUCGGGAUCAUUGCUGGCGGUGUCACGUGUUUUGUCAUCGGCUCCGGAGUCAUUGGUAUCGUCAAGGUCGAUCCAGCCAAGGGCGCCCCUCCAGGAGACGGGAUUCUCUUGAUGCAGAAUGGUGUCGUCAUCCUGAAGGGAAAGGAAAAGGACGUGAAUGCAAUCACGAAGUGGAAAUUUUCGCUGAAGCUGAAAGGAGAACCAAAGUAUACAGCUAUCGGGCUGUGCUCGCUGCUCCUCGAAGUUCAGUUUCUGCUGCAGCUCCUCCUCAUUCCCCAGGGAUCGCUGAUAGGUCAGAUCAUGUUUCUGACCUCGGUAAUAGCAUCCUGGGCGAGGAAAGACUACAAUGGAAAACUGUUUUGCAAUACUAUCGGACUUGACCGGAAAGCCAUUCUCGGUUUCAAAGCUAGCACUCGGGCCAGCAUGGCCGCAUUCACGUGCUUCGUUCUUUGCGAAGAUUUACCAAGGCCGCUCGAGGAUAUCAAGCCAAUGAAGAUUCUGAUGGAGUUUGUGCCCAAUGACACGCCAGUGUGGCAGAAGUGGAGGGAGCAAGUGGUGGCUCAGGUCGAGAGAGAUGAUGACGAAAUGAGUGGUUUCCAUCCUGAAGAUGCUCAUAUGGUACACAGAGACUCGCGACCUUCGACGUCGCUGAAAAAUGCCAAAAAGUCCUGAUAUCACUAUAAUACGGUGUUUAUUUGCGACCUAUCCGAUAUGAUGAACUAUGGGAUUUGAAUUAUGCGAAAGAGUUCCAGUGGUAGUACAUAUGCGUCCUAGUUCAUGAAAUCAGUGCAUCCCCAGGGUAGAAAUGAAAGCAGGGUACACGGUGUUGAUGAGCUUUUUGUUGUUCAAGGUGCCAGUGGUAUAACACAGCCAAUAACCUCGGCAUUGACAGCGAGCGUUUUGGGAGGCGACUCGGAGUAUAAGUAUACC